AUGGGCAAGCAGCGGGCUUUCAACGCCCUCACAGCAUGUGGGGGUAUUCUGGGUGAAUCCUACUUUUCCGAAUUUGGAGAUGACGACGUAUCGAAAACCAGCGCUCCAGCACUCUCAUGGCGAGGUGAUCCUUUGCAGACUCACAGUGAUUGGACGAUUGUAGUUGUUACAAGUGAAUUUGACUCCCGAACCUAUCAUGUUCACAAGAGCAUUCUGAGUGCUGGACCGAGAAGUAGCAAGUACUUUGCCAAUUUGUUCCUCGAACAAGGACAUCACUACAAACAGUCCCAGACAACAAGAAUUGAACUUGAUGAACAAGAUGCCGAUUCAUUCCCACUGUUUCUUGACUUUAUGUACAAUAUUCAACCCGACAACGAUGACGAUUCUCUCAGCUUGAUUGUGGGCGAAGAUUUCACAACCUCAAAUGCUGUGUCCUUGCGUCAUCUUGCCCGUGUUUUUGACUGCGAAGGUUUGAUGUUAGGAGUCAAUAAGUUUAUUCAGAAGGAUCUUUCCCUGAAAACUGGCCCAGUCUACUUGACCCAAGCUUUCUUGUACCAAGACGAGCGAUUGGUGGAAUCGGCUAAACGGCUGUGCACCGACAAUUUCAAAGCCAUUGACAAAAGAGCAAUCGUGAAACUUCCUUUACCAUUGUUUCGAUCGAUUAUUCACUGCGUCGCGGAACACUUCCAGCUUACGGCUAUCACAUACAAUCAAGGAGACAGUACCAUGUUAAGCUAUCAAGUGAGCGAUGUAGUAUGCCAGUUCUUUGAGCGGAAUCCAGAACAUGUUUCGAUAGAGUUACUUUUGGAGCUAACGUCAGAGGAUAUCAUGCCUCAGAUAGCUUCUGAGCCUGCAAUUGGUUUCACUGCUCUUGCGCGAGAGCUUGAUUGUUCGAAGCUUGAUGCUGAGUCCGAGGAAUGGAAAGGUAUGUUUGCCCUAUGCAAAAGAUGCGCAGAAGCCGUUGUAUCGGAGUAUGGAUGGAAGGAUUUCAAUGUUGCCUCAGCGCUAGAUGAAUUUGUGUAUGGACCUUGCGCCAGCGCAGAAGGCUCAAAGAUGGACUCAUUGCUAUUUGCCACAUCCUUUGCUGCUGCCUUAGAGAAGGCGCAGAUUGAUCUAAGAACGAUGAAUCAAGGGACUGAUAGAGUCAAAGAACAAGUAGGCGGCUUGCGGAAAGACAAUGACGAUUUGUUGUCGAAGAAGAAAGGUCUGAAACAGGACGUGGACAAAUACAGGCGAGAGUUAGACUACACCAAAGAGGAGUUGAUAAUGCUGAAACAAGAACUCAAAUCUCUCCAGAAAAAACACAGGAUGUCAUUACGUGAAUUGUCCUAA